CUCAUCCUCCGCGACGGGGCCAACUGCAGCCCGCGUCUCCCCCUUGUCUCUGCUUCAUCUAUCGCCGCAUAGCUCUCUUGUACCUUUACGAAGCAUAUCAUGUCCGAAGACCCUCGUCUCGACCGUUACGUCGAGCUGUGCAAGAUCUACCACCAGCAGUGCAGAUACUAUGAGGCCGAGGUGGCCGCCACUCGUGCACUGACCUUCAACCCCAUGCACCUGAACGUGCGUUACACGAGGGGAAACAUCCGCCGGAUGGCGAAGAACUACCACGGGGCGCUCGCGGACUUCAACUUCGUUCAAGCCACGAACCCGGGCUUCAAGAAGACCGCGAGCGCGAUCGAGCAGGUGCGUCCGCUGGCGGACGCGGCCGGGCCCCCGCCCGAGGACGCGGACUACGACUUCCCGCAGACGCACGGCGGCUGCAAGGACUGGGUCGCGCAGUGUAUUGGCGACGACAAGUACACGUCGACGGCCCCCUCAUGUCGCUUCCACAACCACGACGGCUGCGCGCGCGGCGACAAGUGCACCUUCUCGCACGCGCCCGACGAGAAGAGCGUGCGCGAUGCGGUCGGCCAGAACGUUUGCUUGCACUUUCUGCUCGACGACUGCCGGUUCGGCGCUGAAAAGUGCAUCUACUCGCACAGUCGCGCCGACUUGCCUCCAAACGGCUGGUGGGACGACCCUCACCAGAAGGAGAUCGUGCGCAACCACGUGCGCUCUGCUCUACGCAAGUCGGGGAACAAUCGCGCGCGGCGCGGCGGCGUGAACACAAGGCAUAGACGCGGCCCCUCCACAUCAUCGUCGGCAAGCAAGUUCUACUCUGGGCCCGCGUUUGUCAGCACCUUCGACGCUUUUGACGACUACGACGAUGAACGACAGAUGUAUGGUGGAUUUACGGAAGACGAUGUGUACGAGCUUGCUUGCCAGGGCGUGAAGCCCUGGGACGAGGACGCCGGCGACGUCCUGGCGGUCCUCGGUGGCUACUACUAAACGAACAUAAUGUAAAUGCGCGCGAACGCGAUAGAUAAUGGGCUGUACUCACAGUAACUACCAUACACACUAGACGUACAUAAUGCACGCGCCAUUGUUGUCC